AUGCUCGUGCUCGGCUUGCUUCACAUGCUUCUGGCCACUCUCUCCCAAGCAUCCGUCCUACCGGAACAAGUUCAUAUAAGUCUUAGCGGAAAACCUGAUGAGAUGAUAAUAACAUGGCUAACCCUUGAAAAGUUAUCAAAGAAUUACCCAUUUGUCUCAUAUGGCACAAAUCCGGGACAAUUAAUCAUGACUGCGAAAGCAACAACAACCGAAUGGAAGCAUAAGAUUAAACGAUAUACUCACAGAACAACUCUGAAACAUCUCGAGCCUGGAGUCAAAUAUUAUUAUAAUGUGGGCAGCUCAGAAGGCGUCUCGAAUGUGUUUUGGUUCACACAACCCGAUCAGUACAAGCCUUUAAGAGCUGCCGUAUUCGGCGAUCUUUCUGUACUGAAUGGGUACUCAAUUGAACCUCUCAUUGCUGCGACUCACAACAAUGAAAUCGAUAUCGCUAUCCAUAUUGGUGAUAUUGCUUAUAAUCUUCACACAAAUAAUGGAACACUCGGUGAUGAAUACAUGAAAACAAUUGAGCCAAUCGCAGCUUAUAUUCCAUAUAUGGUGUUUCCGGGAAAUCACGAAACAAAGAAAGAUUUCAUUGAAAUUAUCAACCGAUUCACAAUGCCCAAAAAUGGAGUUUAUGACAAUAAUUUGUUUUGGAGUUUUGAUUACGGUAACACUCAUUUCGUGGGUCUCAACUCGGAAUAUUACGCCGAACAAUUGGAAGACGAAGCGAAUGCUCAAUAUAAAUGGUUGAAAAACGAUUUGGAAAAGAAUAAAUCAAGAUGGACUAUCGUAAUGCUCCAUCGUCCGAUGUAUUGUUCCAGUGAGACGGAAGAUGGAUGCAAUGAUCCGCAAGACACCCUGGCACGUGAUGGAGACAAACAUUUUCCUGGACUCGAGAAGUUGCUCAAUGAGCAUCAUGUUGACAUGAUUUUAUACGGACACAAGCAUACGUAUGAAAGAAUGUGGCCGAUUUACAAAGGAACUGCUUUCAAAUCGGAGAAUCCGAAUCAUAUUAGAAAUCCUUCAGCCCCAGUUUUCAUAUUGACAGGAUCAGCGGGUUGUCAUUCUCAUUCCGGACCACAAGAUUCGAUUCCUCAAGAUUUUUCGAUUACACGGCUCGGAAACUACGGUUAUUCGCUGCUUCAAAUUCAUAAUUCAACACAUAUUAGUACGCAAUUCGUGGAUACAUCGGAGAAUAUCGGAAAACAUCUCGAUGAGUUUUAUCUUGAAAAAAAUUAA